AUUUCACCUAAGUCUUUGGGAAAUCAUCACGACCACGACUGAGGAUAUGGAGCCAAUCGCAGUGGACCCGGACUUCUACUCUAUAGCUACUGGCUUUAGCACAGACCCACAGGAUUCUCAGUCAGAGACCACCUCUAUUGCGUCCUCGAUCGCGAGGGGACGCACAAGGUCGUUUCCUGAUUCUAACCUAAGAAGUAGAUACCAGGCCACAAAAGAAGAUGAUUACUGGUUAGUUACGAAGCAUUACGAAGCAUUGGUUUGUGUAUACAUGGAGUAA